GGAAGAGCAACCCUGCAGCGUCCCUCCCAGGAUCACAGCGGCUCCAGCGCUGCCCUCAGGGGUCCAGGUGGACACGAAACACUUGGUUUGGUGCCACAUGAGUGUUAUGCCCACCAGAAUGGCCAGAGAACCUGAGAGAGGUUUGUCUUUGAUUGGAUUUGUUCUCGUCUGUCUUAAAACGGUUGUUUCAGCCAAAACAGCUCCUGAAACACCUACUAUUGAUCAGGCAUAUUCAAAAAUCAGCAACAGUAUCACUGUAGAAUGGGCUACAGUGCCAGGGGCCACCAGUUACCUGCUCAGAGCUGAAGAUGGGGAUACAGUCAUUGAAACCAUGGUGGCCAGUUCACCAGGCACUGUGACGGGCCUGAAGGCUGCAACCUUGUAUCAAAUCACCAUCAGAUCCAUCAGUGCUACUGGGAGAAGCCAGGCAUCACCGCCAAAGCAGGCAAAAACAGUGUUGGCGGCACCAAUUCUAGAAGUAAGCUCUCCAAGCCCAGAUUCCAUCCUUGUGCAGUGGGAAGCUGUGUAUAUGGCAAUUGGAUUUUCCGUGUCCAUUAUGCAAGCCAAUGGCUUGGGUAAAAUUUGGAAAGAGAAUACUACAAACACUUCCUUGACCUUCAGCAAUUUAAAUGCUGGGACUCUCUACACCAUAAAGGCCUAUGCAUGGAAUGCCAAGGGGAUCCCAGGUGAUGACUCCACCUGUAAUCAGAGAACAAGUCCUCAUGCCCCUGCCAACAUUCAAGUCUCUUUCGACAGUGGGGCUCUGAAGGCAUCGAUUUCAUGGACACCAACGGAAGGAGCUUUCAACUAUACCGCAAUGGCUUUGAGUGACUCUUCCGAGCUUAGCUGUAGUACAACUGUCAGUUCCUGCAGCAUCUCUUCUCUCCAGUGUGGCGCUGAGUACCUGAUUUCCGUUUUAGCAAGUAAUAAUGCCGGAUUUAGCAAGUCUUCUUCAACACAGAGCCUAAAGACUGUUGCUUGUGCACCUGGAAGAGUGACAAUCCAAGAAGAUCCCCCUGGCCAUCUGUCUGUGGCUUGGUCAAAUGUUGAUCUGGGUGAUUACUAUGUGGCUUUUGUAAAGAGUGAUGAUGGCUUGGAAGUACACUGCAAUACAUCCCUCACCCAGUGCAAUUUCUUAUCUGAGUGUGGUUUCACUUAUUUUAUUAGUGUUUUUGCCUAUAACAAGGCAGGACAAAGUCCUUUGGGUGAUGUAUUCAAUUAUACCACAGCUCCCUGUUGUCCCAGUGAUAUUAACCCCGUGUUGGUGUCUAGUGACAGAGUGGAGAUCAUCUGGUCUCCUGUCCGUGGGGCCGAAUUCUAUGAAACCAAGGCCAUAGCUGGGUACAGUGUGGUAGAGUGCAAUGACACCGCUCCUGCUUGCACCCUCUCGGCUCUGGAGUGUGACACCAAGUACAAUGUCACAGUGUAUUCAUUCAGUGAAGUCCAGAGCAGCAACAUGUCAUGCACCUCCCGCUUUAUCACUACAGCUCCUUGCAGUCCUGAGAUAAAAAAUAUUUCCAUGGAUGCAUUCUCCACAAUUAAUGUGCGCUGGCAAGCCACUAAUGAUGAUGCCAUCUACACAGUGACUGCCCAGGGGGAGAGGGGGCUCUAUCGGUGCAGCAGCAAGGGAGAGGCCUGUACGAUGGGGGGCCUGCCCUGCGGCUCAGUGUUCUCUGUCACCGCUGUGGCUGAAACAGAGAUCGGACGGAGCCUGCCCAGCUACAGUGUGCCCCUGGAGACAGUGCCAUGCUGUCCUGCCGGUCUGACAAUAACUCAGGUCACCCAGUCGGUAAUCAAUGUGAGCUGGACUUUUGAUACAGUGGCGCAAACCUAUGUGACAGUUCUGGAGUCACACAUUGGACAGUCUAAGUGUCACACCCAUCAGAGUCACUGUCUCCUGGGAUGUAUCACAUGUGGCAUCAACUACACGGUGGCAUUAAAAGCAAUUAGUGCCUCUGGGUUGACUUCAGACUGCACCUACCAAACUUACUUCUCUAGUGCCUGCUGCCCUUUGGGGGUGAAGUUAUAUAGGUUGGGCUCUAAUGGCAUCCGGAUCCACUGGCAAGUCUCCAGAGGCUCUGCCAAUUACAGCACUGACCUCUAUGGCUCCAAAGGCAUCUUCACCUGUGCCCCAAGGGCUGGUCUCAGUUUCUGCGAUGUCACUGAGAUACCCUGUGGGGAUGUGUAUACUGUGAUGGUCUCACCAGUUGCUGAAACAGGACUGAAGCUUGCUUUCUGUCCAAAAAAAAUAUAUUCAGUAACAUGUUCUGGAAGUACACUUGGAGUGGUGAUUUACAGAGGGAAGAGUAAUGCAUAAUGAUACAGCAAGUCCCAGAUAAAAGCAGACUUGAUCAAACUUGUCUCAGUUAUCAGUGAGUAGAUAUAAAAAAAUCUAUUAGAAUAUAAAAAUCCCUAUAAGAUAGCAAAGAUUCCUUUGCCCUUGAGGAGAGCAACUAACUGACUGUCGCUCCUGAGGGCAAGAUCAGGUGUGUUACCACCUGCCAAGAAGUUGAAGCUCGGCUGCAGAGAAGACUCAAGAGAAAUGAAUCAGAAAAUCCUCUGGAAGAAAGCAGAGCCUGGAAGCAGAAUAACUCUGCUUAGCAGAAAUUCCAAGAUUUCACAUCCAGAAACACUAGUCUUCAAUGCAUCUACUUCAUGAGUAUUUCAUUAACAUCAGCACUUGCUGUGCAGCCCACUAGCCUUUCAAGCCUGGAUGUGUGCACUUCCAGAGAAGUCAAGCCAAUCUCAGGAGGGCAGUGCAAAGCCGAGACACACCUCUACUAGGACUUCAGCUUAGGUCAGACAGCAGCAGCUGUCAGGGCAACCUGUGGUAACAAAUGGUUGUUCGUUGCAAGUUAGGGGGGAAGCUGAGCUGCUUGCAGGGUUUGGGGAGCCAAAGUGACACACGAUUUGACAUCUAAGGGAGUGUCUGGAAAAGCUUUGCUAGAAGGGUUGCAGUUGUGCUUUCUGGGUGAGCAAAAAUGUCAGAUGGAGGGACAGCCAAAGGUGAGAGUUGAGCUGUGACAGAGGAGAGGGACUUCGAUCUUGUCAGUUGUGUUCACACAUCCCCAUUUACACUGUACCGCUUUUUUCAUCUUUGGAGAGAAAAGGCAAUGGUAUAUAACAUAAAUCUGU